UCGAUCCCUGCCGCCAUCCAUCGUCUCCUUCCUUCCCGCCGCGAUCGUCCACCACUCGCAGCCGCGCGCGCCACGGAACUGCGCCUUGCCGCCGCAGAUCGAUCGGAUCCAUCUACCCCUUCCUCUCCGUAUAAGGGACUAAGGGAGCCCACUCGUCCUCCCCACCCACAAGCAAAGCGCAGCGUCGCCAAGCCAAAGCCCCCCCACAACACAAGCAAAGCCCUAACUCUCGAGCGUAGCGUAGCGACGCCAAACCCUAGCUUCUCUCGCUUGACCUCUCGCUCUCUCUCCCUCACUGCUGAUCGAUCGAUCAACCGAUCUGGUUUCCUUCCAUGGCCGGCUCCGCUGGUGAUCGCUUAGGCCAGUCGGGGCGCCGGCGCCGCGAGAUCAAGGAGGGCGAGGUCGUCGCCUCCGGCUACUACACCGGCUCCGACACCGACACCGACGACGAGGACGCGCGCUACUACCUCCACCCACUGCCCCUCCACGACCACCGCGACCGCCAGCGGAUGGUCACGGUCGCACGGCCCGGCCCUGCCCCUGUCCCUGUCGUGGAGGACGUGGUCGGCGGCAGCGGCAGCGCCGGGUCAAGAUCAAGAACAAGAAGAUCAAGAUCGACUACCCGGCGCUCGUCGCCGUCGUCCUCGCUCGGCUCCGACGGGACCAUCAGCGACGACGGCCACGCCAGCGGCGACACUGCUGCCGUCACCGCGUUAUUCCCGGCCUGUCCCGUCUGCCACAGGCAGUUCCACAGCUCCAAGGCCGUGCAUGGGCACAUGAGGGUCCACGCGCAGGCGCAGCCCAAGGAGGAGGAGAGGGUGUCUGCUACGGUCAACGCCGUGGACGACACCGUUUCCGUGUCCAUCGCCUAUGUCGCCGCGGAGCCCAAGACCUCAGACGACCCGAUGACCGUGGAGCUGGCGAGCAGCAGCAGCGAGCCCAGUCAGAGUGCUGCUGAUCUUUCCAUGGCCAUCGUGGUGGUAGAGGCAGCACCGCCCGCCGCUGAACCCAAGAAGGUCGACAUCGCCCCGACGCCUCCUGCACCGGAGCAAAAGGAAGUCCCCGUGCCCGCUCCGGUCGCACCAGCUCCAGAGCCAGCCGCCGUCUAUCUCCAUCCAUCCGCCCCCGCACACCAGCAUGUCGCCGUCGCCCCACCGCAGGUCUUCCACGGGCCGCUGCGCAUCAUCCAGCACCAGGACCCGGGCGCCCCGCGUGGAUUCUCGUGCAAGGAGUGCAACCGGUGGUUCGAGACGCACCAGGGGCUGGGUGGACACGCCGCCGGCCACAAGAACCGGAGGAUCGCGGCUGCGGCAGCGGCAGCCAUAGCAGCGGGGGUCGACCCCAUAGCAGCGGGUGGGCCAAGGCCGGAGAAGCUCCACACCUGCAAGGUCUGCGGCGAAGUGUACACCAGCGGCGUCCGGCUAGGGGGCCACAUGAGGAAGCACUACACGGGCAAGCCCAUCGUGCCGAGGAAGCGGACGCGCCUCCUCCUUCCCCCGGAUGUCGUCGGGCUCGCGAUCCCCGGGCCGGCGGUUGUGGCGCUGGUGGCCGAGGCAGCGGCGCAGCCCCCGCAGGCUCCGGUGGUGCCGGCGGGCUGCCUGAGGCUCUUCGGCGUGACCAUCAUGCAGCAGGCGAAGGAGGAGGAGAAGCCCCAGUCCCCUGUUGACGACAAGCAGUGAUCGAUGAUGAUACGACAAGCAGUUUGAUAUCGAGU